AGAAGCAAAAAAUCGAAUUCCAGAGCCCUCGCCUUGCCAUGCGGACAUCAGUUGCACAAAAAAUGCAUGAAAAAGCAUAAUGUCGAGGUGCCGGGUGAUUGUCCGGUGGUCCGGUGUAAAAAAUCCGGUAAAGUCGAUCCGGCCACAUGGGUAAAAUUACGAGGUGGCACGACGGAGAUUUCGAGACGGGCCAACGAAGAUAACGAGUCGCUGCGGGAAAGAUUGCGGGAUGCGGAACGACAGGUACAAACGCUGAUCGAGCAAAACGAGUCGCUCAUGAGAAAUACGCCGAGAACUGAGUUGGAGCUACGAGAACGCGAGCUGAAAAUCGCAAUCGACGAAGCGGUGCGUCUGCGUAAAGAAUUAGACGAGCUGCAGGCUACCGCUACUGCACUUGCUGAUCGGAAUCGGGUCCUCCUACUAGCGCAUGAAGGCAAGGAAGAACCGACGCCAGAGGAGCUGGUGGAAGACGCCUACGCGAUCGAGAAAGAAAAACGAGACUUUGACGUGCGAUUCGAUGCUGAAAACAGAGCAAUUCGAGAUAGGCGUUACCAACAGUUCGAAGAAGCGUUACGCGAAAACGACACGAGUUUCGAACGGGCAUUAAGCGCAAUAAGUCGAGCGCGCAGCUUCAAUCAUAUUGAAGAUCACCGCGUCAUGAUGCUGUUGGACCUAGAUCGCCAAGCAGAGGAGCGUGAGAUUACCUUGACUGAGAUACUCGAUGGUUUGGACGUUGUGCCGGUGUUAGGAGGUGUUGAGCUGCCGGUAGCUAUGCAGAUGAUCGGUUUGAACAGCCGUUUAGAGGAGCUGUCAAUUUCUUACGAAGACAUCUUCGAGCUGUUGAACAACGAGACCGAACGAGCACGGAUCACCGUAAGGCGGUCGCAAAGACAAGCGGAAGCGAGGCCAUCUACGACCGAGGAGCCUGCAAUCGACGAGCAGCCCGAAGCAAUAAAAAUAGAGGCGGUAGAGCAGCCUAUAGAAAACGAGAAGCCACCGACGCCAAGUGUUGUUAUUCCGGUCCUGUCACCCGAGGUUAUCUCGAAAGUUAACAGAGGAGCCUCGUUAAACUACGAAAGCGUCGAAGACUUGAGUACUCCGAAUUCGGAAAGAGCAAGUAGAGACGAUUUACGUGGCGAAAUUCAAAGGCUGUUAGACAUGCGAGGAGAUGCUGAAAAUGACGCAAAACCGAACUCCGAGGAGACAGAAAACCUGAUUCGGAAAACUUUGCUUGAAGCGAAAGUAAAGAAGCAAGAGUCGACACCGAAGACAGAGAAGCGACCAGUGGACGUCGUGACGGGUACGCCAGCGUCAGACGCCGACAGCAGCACAAGAAAAAGUGAGUCUCGUUCGAGCCGAAAGGAUACGACUACGGAAGGUUCGUCGUCAAAGAAAUCUGUCCGUUCGAGUGCGUCGAAGUCGGGCGUUUCCGGCGUCGAGUCGAUCAAACGAGGCAGAUCAAGGAGCAGCUCGUCGAGUAGCUCAGACUCCAGUUCUUCGAGCUCGUCACCCCCGAAAAGACCUCGGCGCAAAGCCGCAGCAAAAAGAGAAGCUCCGGCAAAGAAGAAAUCAGUAUCAAAAAAGAAAAAGCCGACGCCGCCGAAGAAGAAACCGGCUGCGAAGAAGAAGGCCCCGGCACGAAAGAGAAUGACGAAAGGGAAACCUUCGACGAAAGAGGAGCCCUCUGUAGAAAAAGAAAUAACCCCCGAACGAGCAGCUGAAGGAGUCCAAACGAGGAGUAAGACGCGCAGCGAAUCAAAGUCGGUAGAAGAGGGAGAAAUUACUCAGUCGAGCCAAGAGGUGCUCGAGCUGGCAGCGAGUUCGAAAGAGGUGGAGGAGCUCGCGGCGAGCACGCCACCGCCACCGCCAAGCGACCCGGCCCCGUGUCAGCCACCGCCACCGCCGAGCCCGGUGUUACGAGAACAGCUACCGGGUGUUGCCCAGGUAAACGCGCAGGAACGAGCGCGACUAGUACUGAUUGAGCGAGAGGCGCAAUAUCGCCACAAUAUUGAAGAGAUGCUGCGCGAGCUUGAUCAACAAGAGGCGAAUGCGCAGGCGGGCUACUUGGAGCCACUGCCGGUAGAAGAGUGCUUCGUACCGGUCGAGCAGCGACCACCACAUCCCGCCCCAGUGUGGAUUUUGGCUAGCUUCCAGGUGGAACCGGACGGGCAGCGAUAUUAUCGUAACGUAUGGUUCCCGGUCACUCGCGAUACGCUGCAAUUGGCCAUGCAGAGCAGAGGGAUCAUCUUAGAUGAUAACUUGACGGCGCGGGAUGAUUCAUUUUACGAACGAGACGGAGCAGCGGGCCUGAUCGGACGAUACUGGCGGGAAGGAGUAGCUUUCUAUGGUAUAAACUCGUUUAUAGUAAUUGGAGACAGUUUAGCGCACGCGCUAGUUAGCGAGAUAAUUUUUCAAAACCGAGAGGAGAAAGAGGCAUGGAAGAUCCACCCCAUGUCUGGCUCUCGAAUACCGAUUACGACGAUAAGGAAGAAUCUUCGGAGAUUCGUACUGCGGUCGCCUCAAAGGGUGAUUAUGUCCAUUGGUCAGUACGAGACAGAAAAAGAGGAGCUUGAAGAGAUCAAGAUACGCAUCAGAGAACUGUGGCAGACUAUGUUUAGACAUGGAACUCGCCACAUCUUGAUGGUACCGCCGGUAACGUGGCCGCAGUGUCCGGUGAGGAGGAACGAGUUGAGACAAUUUCUACGAGAAAGCCCUGGUGAUUAUUUCCCAGGCAGGUACGUUUACCUAGAAGGUCUCGAAGAGGUGGUAAAUCGAGUCCCUCCGACAGUAUUCCGUGGACCGACUCCAUAUCUAAAUGAGCACCAAGUAAGCGAGGCGCUCGUGCGAGUUUUCGAAUAUGCCAGUAUAGAGAGAAGGCACGCUUACGGCCACUUGGCAAGGGAGCGCGAUCCACCGCGACCUACGGAUGAGCAGCGUCGAGAUCAAAUUGAUAGAAGUCACGAAUUACGACGACACGACCGAGAAGCGCGCGGACACGUGGACAGAAACACGGUAAUGGAGAGAUUGGCGCAUGAAGUCCAUGAGAGAGAUCUCAUAGACAGAGUGCAGGCGCAAGAGUAUCGAAACCCGAAUCGGAGACCGCUGCCGGAGCCGAACAUGAACGUCCGAGAAUUUGAACCGGCACCGAGGCCACGAGUAGCUCGGGAAGAUCGAAGGUGGCAGCAAGCAGCGCAGGAUAGACCAGCGGCCCAAGAGCAGCGAGUAGCUCGCGAUGAACGAAUUCAGGCCAUCGCGCAACAGCCAAUUCGACAAAAUGUCCCCGAGCAGCAGCGUCAGAACCCCGAGCAGCAGCCAGAGAAUCGAAUGCCGCAGCCAGCAGCGGUACCGGCGAUUGGUGUUGGUCUGGGUAGAGGACGGCUAGCCGAAAGAAGAGAAAUUAGACGACGAGAUGCUGAGAUGGCUCAGCGCCAAAAUAACCAGAAUCCGGAAAAUCACCGUCGGUAA